AUGUCUACGGAGAAAAGGAUAGACAUCACCCAGCCUCUGUGGGAUCAGAGUACGUUUGUCGGCCGUUUCCGCCACUUCGCCUUCAUAUCGAACCCCCUCCUCACCUUCGUGCCUGAUAAGAAGCUGUACGAAGCCAAGGAUCUGUAUAUGAAGUACAAAGCGGGCCAAGAGCCAGCCGGGACCACCAUGGCCGAAGUGGUCAGGGCGAAACAACUGUACGAGUCUGCCUUCCACCCUGACAGCGGUGAGCUGCAGAAUGUCUUCGGCAGGAUGUCCUUCCAGAUGCCAGGUGGCUGCCUCGUAACCGGCGCGAUGCUGCAGUGGUACAGGACGGCGACCGCCGUGGUGUUCUGGCAGUGGGUGAACCAGUCGUUCAACGCGCUGGUGAACUACACCAACCGCAACGCGAACGCCCCGCUCGGCGCCGGCCAGAUGGGCGUCGCGUACGUGUCCGCCAUGACGGCCGCCAUGUCGACCGCGCUCACCUUCAAGUUCGUCAUACAGAAACGCGCCACCAGCCCCAUACUGGCGUUCGUGAUCCAGAAACGCCUCACCAGCCCCAUACUGGCGAGAUUCGUGCCAUUCGUGGCGGUGGCGGCCGCCAACUGGGUAAACAUUCCACUCAUGAGGCAGAACGAAAUCCUCCUCGGUUUAGACGUGACGGACGAGAAUGGUAAGGUCAUCGGAAAAUCUCAGUUGGCGCCUAUAAAGGGAAUAUCACAAGUCGUCACUUCCAGGAUCGUGAUGUGCGCUCCUGGGAUGCUCCUGCUGCCCGUCAUCAUGGAGAAGAUCGAACCCAAGCCCUGGAUGCAGAGGAUCAAGAGGGGCCACAUUCUAGUGCAGACCGCCAUCGUCGGCAUGUUUUUGACGUUCAUGGUGCCCACCGGGUGCGCUUUGUUCCCGCAAAGAUGCAAACUCUCGAUAGACUCGAUCAAGCGUUUCGAAAAGGACAAGUACGAGGAGAUAUUAAAAAACACCGACGGAAAGCCGCCUCAAUACGUCUACUUCAACAAAGGCCUG